AUGCCUGAAUUACCCGAGGUGGAAAACGCACGUCAGUACCUGUUGAGGGCGGGGCUGGUGGGCAGCGUUCUGGGGGCACCUGACAUAACCUGGCCGAAAACGGUCCGCCGUCCCUCGGUUGGAGAAUUUAUCGAAGGCAUCGUGGGUCGCCGGGUGGAAGGGAUACAGCGGCGCGGAAAGUAUCUGAUCUCGGCGUUGGACGACGGUAACAACCUCAUCCUGCACCUUGGAAUGACCGGUAGCCUGCGUAUCACCAACGCCACGCAACCUGAACAACCCAUGGUUCGCCAUACGUUUCCGCUGGAUGGUGGGCGACGGUUGGAUUUCAGUGACCCUCGGAAAUUCGGGCACCUGUGGUUGCUUGCCGAUCCCGCCGAUGCAAUGCCCACGAUGGGGCCGGAGCCGCUUGAACCAUCAUUCACCGCCGACGUUUUGGCCGGGAUACUGAAUGGCCGCCGGGCGCCGAUCAAGGCAUUGUUGCUGGAACAGUCGGUCGUGGCCGGGCUCGGCAACUUGUACGCUGACGAAGCAUUGUACCUGUCGGGUAUCCAUCCUGAACGUAUCGGGCAGAACCUCACGGAUUGUCAGAUCCGCCGUCUCCACGCAUCCAUCGUGUCAGCGCUAUCGCAUUCGGUUGGCGAAUAUGCCCGGGCCCGCGACGCUCACUGGCCCGAUCCCCCGGUGGCUCUGUCACCCUGGAGCAUCCGCCGCAGCAAGGGUGACCUGUGCCCCCGCUGCGGGAUCGAGGUCCAGCAGUUGCGUGUGCGCGGCAGAAGCAGUUGGUUCUGCCCCAAUUGCCAGCCACCUCCGUAA